AUGGACCAGGUGCCCCGCGUCACCAUCUCACAGGGCUACGACACUCUCAGCUCCAUGGCUAACAUCGCAGGGUGAGGACAGAGCAGGACAUGGGACGGGAUGGGUAGUGUGAGAGGGGAAAACUCUCUGGGCUGGGUCACUCACUGGUCUGCUUAUGUGUGCUUUAAAGUAAUUUCAAAUGCAACUAGAAUGAAUGUGUCUGAGGGAUUUUAUUUUUCUUCAAUUUUAAUGACAGAGUUGUCAUGUCAUUAAAGGAGAAGUUUACCCAAAAUCCGGAAACCAAGUGAUUCCAUACAUUAAAACUAGUUCAGUGGAGUUUGCCCUCUCCCCCUCUCUCCCUGUAGUGCUGUACUGAAACAGCUGCAAAAACUCCUCCUUUAAGUAGAACAAACAUUUGCUUGUAGAAUGCAUCUGUCCAGCCACUUAAUGUCAUGCUGACAAGUAAAACUGUCUCUCUUGGCUCUGCUGUGUGUGUGUGUGGUCCACUUGGCAAUGUAAACACACAUGCUAUCUUGAGGCUGGGCCGGGUAGAAGUGCCCUGCCAGUAUUUGUAAUUGACCAUUCUCUGUCUCUGUGUUUUCAGAUACAAAGCUGUGGUGCUGGCAGCCAACAGCUUCGGGCGCUUCUUCACUGGACAGAUCACUGCUGCUGGGAAGGUUCAACCUGCUAAGGUGCUGAUCAUUGGAGGAGGAGUAGCAGGUCUGGCUGCUGCCGGUACUGCCAGAGCCAUGGGUGCUAUCGUCAGGGCCUUCGACACCCGGUGAGUGGGACCACCAUACCCUGCAUAUUCAGCCAUUACUUUACCAAUGAACUCAUUAGGAUUCGUCACAUUAUAGAGCUGCACUGGUCCUCUGUAGCUCAAUUGGUAGAGCAUGGUGCUUGUAACGCCAGGGAAGUGGGUUCGAUCCCCGGGACCACCCAUACGGCAUAUAUUAUUAUUAUUAUUAUUUGUUUUAUUGGGACUUCUUUAACUCUAAAAUGUUACAAAUGAUUUCCGACCACAGAUGUUUGCACCAUCGCUUUUAUUUCAACUACCCUACCCCAGAUUGGCUGCUGUCUUUAAAGGAUUGGUUAACUUUUUUUGUGUGCAAAAUCUCUAUUUUUGAUGUAGAUGGCAUGAUAUAGAAGGGUCCAGACACUUUUUUAUCGAUUUCACUUGUUUUUUAAAAACUUACCCCACUCGCAACUUCCUCAUUGUUCAUUCUGCAGUAUGGGGGCUAUAUAAAAACAUAAACAAAGGCUCCAAAAACACUUAAAUACGUCCUUUUAGAAACGGCAACGCUCUCAGUAUAGAGAUGCAGGUCUUUAGAUGUUGUACACAUGAAAUUGUGUAAUUCCGCAAUGUUAUAUUCCAUUUUGUGCGACUCUAGCGGUUUCCCCUACCAGCUGUGCUUGUUUUCUGUGUAUGCUGUGCAGCACAGCUGGUUGGAGAAACCACUUGAGUCGCACAAAAUGGAAUGUAACGUUGCAGAUAAAGUUCAGAAUUACACAAUUUCAUUUGCACAACAUCUAAAGACCUGCAUCACUAUACUGAGAGCUUUGCCAUUUCUAAAAUGACAUAUUUGUUCAAGUUUGUCUGUAGCUCCCAUACUGCAUAACGAGCAAUGAGGAAGUCUAUUGCAGGUGGUCUAAGUUUCUCAAAACUAAGUGAAAUCCCUUCUAUAACAUCCCAUUUACAUCAAAAUUGUGAACCAAUCCUUUAAUGAGAUUUGAAAGUGUGAUGUUGCUAAUUCUCCAGUUGGUGGCAGCAAUUGCAUUGAGAAUUUGAAGCAAAUGUCCUUUAGAGAACUGUAGAUUCCUUCCACUUAAUUCAAAGGAUGGGAUAAUGGGACAAAGCACUGUUUCUUCAUUUUUUUCUCUCCAGAUUCAAAGAUUUAAAUCUCACCAGCCCAACCAUUGUGUAACAAAUUGUCUACUACUUGGAUAUCUUAAAACAAUCAUAUAUAUAGCCUAAGCUCCUGCAGUGAUGCUGUAGAAUGUAUCAGGGGCUUUCAAUAAGUGCCCCCACUCUACUGCCAGUGCCCCCAUGACGUCCACUGUGCCCCUCCCCAGAGCGGCGGCCCUAGAGCAGUUCAAGUCUCUGGGAGCUGAGACUCUGGAGGUGGACAUUAAGGAGGCCGGUGACGGCCAGGGCGGCUACGCCAAGGAGAUGUCCAAGGAGUUCAUCAAGGCUGAAAUGAAGCUGUUUGCCAAGCAAUGUCUGGAAGUAGACAUCCUCAUCAGCACAGCACUCAUCCCUGGUAUGCACAGUGACCACCAACCACACACCUCACUACCCCUAUCCCCUCCCAUAGAGACAAAUCUGUAUCUAUCUCUUUGUCCUCUUCUACCUGCAUUACAUUCCCUUUACAUGUUCCUCUGCACUGCUGUCCUCCUAGUCUGAUCUGUUUGUGUUCUGGCCUACUCCAUUGUCAUCGUCAAGCCAUAAGGAGUUGGCAAGAGAGCAGAAAGACUGGCAACCAGUCUGUUGUCAUCCCUCCUUUGUUCUUCCUCAAUCAUGUAUGAAGUGCAUGUACUGCUAUCAUCAGCUCUUAUCUGUCUAAUCCUCUCAGGCUCUAAACUGCUUUAAGGCUUCAUCAGCUCAGUUACCUAGUGUAGUUAAGGUUGUGGUUAGGCCCUAUCCAUCUGGUUAACCCUGCCCCUCAAGGCUGAGUUGGUAUUAUUCCCUUCCUGUAGCAGCCUAUAACAGACCAUAAAGACACCAUAGAUAUAUUGCUAUGCUCUGCCUUCAGAAAGUAUUCACACCCUUGACUUUUUCCAAAUUUUUUGGUUACAGCCUGAAUUUAAAAUUGAUAAAAUUUAGAUUUUUUUCUCACUGGCCUACACACAACAUCCCAUAAUGUCAAAAUGGAAUUAUGUAUUUCAAUUUUAUUUAACAAAUUAAUUAACAAUUAGAAGUCAAUAACUAUUCAACCCCUUUGUUAUGGCAAGCCUAAAUAAGUUCAGGAGCAAAGAUGUGCUUAACAAGUCACAUAAUAAGUUGCAUGGACUAAUAAUAGUGUUUAACAUGAUUUUUGAAUGACUACCUCAUCCCUGUACCCCACACAUACAAUUAUCUGUAAGGUCCUUCAGUCGAGCAGUGAAUUUCAAACACGGAUUCAACCACAAAGACCAGGGAGGUUUUCCAAUGCCUUGCAAAGAAGGGCACCUAUUGGUAAAAAAACAAAACAGACAUUGAAUAUCCCUUUGAGCAUGGUGAAGUUAUUAAUUACACUUUGGAUGGUGUAUCAAUACACCCAGCUACUAAAAAGAUACAGGCAUCCUUCCUAACUCAGUUGCCGGAGAGGAAGGAAACCACUCACAGAUUUCACUAUGAACCAAUGGUGACUUUAAAACAGUUACAGAGUUUAAUGGCUGUGAUAGGAGAAAACUGAGGAUGGAUCAACAACAACUUAGUUACUCCACAAUAUUAACCUAAUUGACAGAGUGAAAAUAAGGAAGCCUGUACAGAAAACAAAUAUUCAAAAACAUGCAUCCUGUUUGCAACAAGGAACUAAGGUAAUACUGCAAAAAAUGUGGCAAAGCAAUUACGUUAUUUUCCGGAAUACAAAGUUUUAUGUUUGGGGCAAAUACAACAUAUUACUGAGUACCACUCUCCAUAUUUCCAAGCAUAUUGGCUACAUCAUGUUAUUGGUAUGCUUGCAAUCCUUAAGUACUGGGGAGUUUUUCAGGGUAAGAAACUAACUGAAUGGAGCUAAGCACAGGCAAAAUCCUAGAGGAAAACCUGGUUCAGUCUGCUUUCCACCAGAUACUGGGAGAUGAUGAAUUCACCUUUCAGAAGGACAAUAACCUAAAACACAAGGCUAAAUCUACACUGGAGUUGCUUACCAAGAAGACAGUGAAUGUUCCUGACUAGCCGAGUUACAGUUUUGACUUAAAUCUGCUUGAAAAUCUAUGGCAAGACCUGAAAAUCUAGCAGUUAUCAACAACCAAUUCGACAGAGCAUGAAGAAUGUUGAAAAGAAUAAUGGGCAAAUGUUGCACAUUCCAGGUGUGGAAAGCUCCUAGAGACUUACCCAGGAAGACUCACAGUUUUAAUCGCUGCCAAAGGUGAAUCUAACAUGUAUUGACUCGGUGUUGAAUAGUUAUCUAAUCAAGAUAUGUUAUUGUUUAUUUUUCAUUAAUGUUUUACAAAUGUUAGAAAAAAUUUUCCGCUUUGACAUUAGAGUAUUUUAUGUAGAUUGUUGACUAAUCAAAAGAGAACCAUCGCGCUCUCCCAGAAGCUUGGCUGAUGCGUAAAACCCGCAAAUUCAGACAGACAAAAAUGAUUUGUGGUGGGCUAUCUCAUGAAUUGAUAUAAUGUAUUUAGGUGAGCGGACACCUGGGGCGGUUGAUUUGUGAGUUGCCCUUCGUGCCCGCUCCUGCUCCCAUACCCUACAAUUCUAUAUUUGUUUGUGACUAAUUUGUAUACAGGUAGACCAGAAAAGCCACAUCCCUGAUUGGCAGAUGAGUGGCAACCCUGAGUGGCAACCCUGCUGCUCAUCGGUUGUUCUUUACAAAUACUGUUUUGAAUUAAAAGAAAAUGUUACCUACACACUGAAGAAGGCUGUAAAGCCGAAACGUCUGUGUACACUAUCCCUGAUGCAGUGAAAAUAAUUUAAAGAGUUGAAUAAUGAAGUAAGCUUUAUGCGACAUAUUUCUGAGUGCAAACCCAUUACACCUUUUUGUGUGUAGAUAGUUGACAGAAAAUGACAAUUAAAUCAAUUUUAAUCCCACUUUGUAACACAACAAAAUGUGGAAAAAGUCAAGGGGUGUGAAUACUUUCUGAAGACACUAUAUUCUCAUCCCUUGUUUACAUUGGUAGACGGCCUUGAUAAGAUAUGCAGCCGUAGUUGUGAAUUACAUUUUCCUCUCCACUGACAUGGCAUGUGGUUGAACUGGUGCCAAAGUCAUUGAUGUUGUGUAGUGGUCCCAUGUCUAGGACAUGUUGUCCUGUUCCCUAUACUAGCACUACAGGUCCUGUUGGGUGGAGAGCAGUGAUGUAGUCUUGGUCUCGAGUCCAGUCUCAAGACCACAUAUUGAGUGUCUCGGUCUUGUCUCUGCGUCAGAUACAUUGUUACUCAAUAUUGACUCAGUCUCGGACAGUGAGGACUCGUAAUUUCUUGCUGAGACCAGAGGAGUAAAAAACUCAUAAGCUUCCAAUCAUUCAGCGCAAAAAAAAUGAUUGCCUAUUGAAACCUGGGAUCCCUACUUUACUCGUAAAGAUAUCCUAAAACUUUGUCAGAAUUUCCUUGACUUGCUGGUAGGGAAGAGUCGGGGAGAUUUUUGGAAGGUUGCACGCUCACUAUUAGUAGGGGGAGAUGGGGGGAAAUUGUAGCAGUAUUUCCAUCUAUUAUAGACGUUUGCACAAUGCUGAGCCUAUGUGUUACAGGCUUGUGAUGCUGAAACGACAGCAACCGUAAUACCAGCGCACUCUCAACUGGUUGUCGCAUGGAGCAGCUCACAGAAGAAUGACAUCGGUAGGAAAGAUGUUUCAACUUAUAUCUACCAGUAAAUGCUAACUAAGGCAACAAUGGGUAGGUCCCCUGUAGCUCAGUUGGUAGAGCAUGGCGCUUGCAACGCCAGGGUUGUGGGUUCGUUUCCCACGGGGGGCCAGUAUGAAAAUGUAUGCACUCACUAACUGUAUGUCACUCUGGAUAAGAGCGUCUGCUAAAUGACUAAAAUGUCAAAUGUAUGCAAACCAGGUAUAGAAAAAGUUCAGUAUGUAGUCUUGGUUAGUAGGCUAUUUGCGACGCACAUUUCAGUCAUCAUGCACUGUUUGCAUGAACAUUUCUAAAGGCUUUCCCAAAAAACCUUCCCAAUUAAAUAUUGACCACAAUGUAGGCCUGCCAGAGAGAAAUAUAUCAUGCUGAUUUUGAUCAAUGGGGAGGGCAUUUGUUUUGCUCAAUUGAAUUAAAGGGCAACUACACCCUCCAAAAUAUAUAUUUUUUCAAUUUUUCCCAGACCUAAAAAAUGGGCUCCUAAAGUGGUUUAAGGAUUGUUGUGGACUUAGAACAUCAGAUUUUUGUCGUUAAAAAAAAGGUGUGAUUUUGAGAGCGAAAAUCUGACAAAUCUAUUGGAAAACAUAUGAUUUUUCACACAGGGCGCCUUUCCUUCACACAGGACCCACUUCUCCAGGCUCCACUGCAUAGGGCCUAUGGAAAGACAGCAGUCACACACAGCAUGAUGUUAAAGGACAAGCAGUCCAUUCACUCUGACAAAAUAAGCCAGUAGGUCCCAAUCAUAAGAAUACAAGAACACAACCAUUAGGCUAAGCAUUUCCCAAUUGAAAUGUACAACUAUUACUUCCCAUUCCAAAAAACAUUUCACAUUUACAGUAGCACACGAGGUAACCGUGAUGUAAAGCUUAAAUGCAACAAUGUUUCACACACAAGUUAUUUUCAAAGAGAUGGCUAACAGCAUGCAAGCUGAACCCUCCCCCCCCCCCCCACAUUUCCACUCACCAGAUGAUGAUAAUUUGAAACUUAACUUCUUGUUUAAAGUUAUUAUUGAAAAGGGACAAGCUAACAAAUUAACAACAACAUCCUCUUCGAUAGCACCUGCUACAGCUAGCUAGACCGUGGGAAAACUACUGCUCGCUAUUGCACAGUGACCUGUUGGCCUUAGAGAAGGCAGAAGUUUCCAUACGUUUUUGUAAAAAUGGUCCCACCCAGUACAAGUCAAUGUGAUUGGUUGAUUCCACUGUCACUCCAAAAUGUUGCCCUAAUACAAUUGAUUGGCAGAUGCCUUCUAUCAAGAGUAUGAUGGCCUAGCCAAUGGCUGACUUAGCUAGCUAGAUUUAUCUCCCCAGAGACCACCAAAGAAAAAUCCUGAUUUUGAUUUUUUUUCUCUUCAGUGUUAUCCCUUGCCUUUCUAACAAAAACUGAAGAGAUUAAAUCAGAACAUCAUUUUAUAAAUCCUUAGCCUUACUCUGAAAGCAUAGAAGGCCCUCAUUGUUCCCCACUGUGUUUGGGUUAGUAAUCAUUUGUAGAGUGGCUCUAUUUGCCUUCAGCAUGCCUUUUUUCACCAUUCUGAAUGUCUAAAGAAUCCAUAUGUUCUUCUGAAGUAUGAACACAGAAAUACUGGACAUGUUGAACUCUUAUUAUGGUGGCGAUUUGACAAAAUUACAAUCAUGGUCUUGAAUUGGAGUCGCAUUUUUCUGGUCUCCCUCCCGAUCUCGGUCUUGACUCAGUCUCGCCCCCCCCUCCCCCCAUCCGGUCUUGGUCUUGAAUCGGUCUCGCUUUAGGUGGUCUCGAACACAACAUUGGUGGAGAGACUGACUCUUUUGGUCUGGUCUACACAAGCCUACCCUAGCCUGAUCAGUACUGCUGUGUCAUAUUCUGACCAGUUCAACUUGACCUUGGAAGAGUUUCUCUGUAUUCUCAUCACAUCAGUUUACUUUGAAGCUAGUGUAAACUUCAGAAGGGACCCGAAAACAGUGCCUAGCGUAAACCGAGAACAACAAAUUGCAAUCUGUUUAUUUGCCAGGGUUUGAUUAAUUGUCUUUAAAUCUAGACUUUAAGACAUUGUUGUACAAAAUGCUGACUAAAAAGAGAUCAACUGCUGUGCUGAUUGAGCACCCUGCUGGUACUGCAGACAACAAGCUUAUUGAACAUGGUUUUGACCUCUCUGACCAUGGUGCUGUGUCCUCAGGUAGCAAGGCUCCCAUCCUGAUCACCAAGGACAUGGUGGAGAGCAUGAAGGAUGGCUCAGUGGUGGUGGACCUGACUGCUGAGGCUGGAGGAAACAUGGAGAACUGUCUGUACACAAGGUCAGUCAAGACAAUCUGUUAUUAUUCUCAUCUUAAAUCUCAUCAUUUGAUUCUCUUUUGACACUGUGGUGAACCUACUUAUGUCUGUAUCAUUUUGACUGCCUAGACCUGGUACCACAAGGUUACCUACUCAAAUUGUGUAAAUUAGUCCUUUUCCAAAAGGUUGAAAAGAGAAGAAUGCACAAUUUGUCUUUCAAUAAAAUAGCUGCUUCUGUUAUUUUUAGGGUGUGACCCACAUAGGCUUCACUGACCUGCCCAGCCACCUGCCCAUCCAGUCCAGCACCCUGUACUCCAACAACCUGACCAAACUCAUCCGUGCAAUCAGCCCUUCCACUGAGAACUUCCACUAUGAGGUCAAGGAGCAGAUCAUCUGUUGUCAUGCAGGUGAUGUGAAGCAGCUGGGUUAGGUUGCAUCUGUUUUUAGCACAACGAGGGAAGACUGGUUAAUCAGGGAAUCUAUGAUGAAUUGACUUGCUCUACCUCUGCAGUUGGCAAAUGAAAUGGGUCUGAAUGUUUGGUUAUGGUAAUAUGUUUUGGAAGAUUUAGGUAAAAUGUUUUUUUGAACCCAUAGGCUGUUUGUUUGCAUUGUUGGUAGGUCUAACAAUGUUCUCCUCUCUAUCUGUUGCAGAAUGGAACCAACCUCUUCCCAGCUCCUCUGCUCGAUAACAUCCCAGUGGUCAAGAGCAUGCAUGAGCUGGCCAAGGAGAAGGCUGCUGCCGUGUCCCCCUUCAAGGCUACCCUGACCACCGCUGGCAUGUACACUGGAGGUGAGACACACCAACACUGACUGCCUAGACACUUCAUUCAUUUAUACUUACCUUGCCUUCCAGGGUCAUUUUCAGUAGGUACCAAAUGGAAGAAAACGUAGUAAAAUGAUUAGAAACUAACUGGACUUAAAUAAGAAAUGCUAAUUUAAAUGUUCUGUUGCACAACGUUUUGCUACGGUGUGCCCUAAUGAACACCACCCCGAUCUAAGUCAGUUGUUUACUUAUUUAUAAUGUAAGGGGAAUAAAAUGGUUGACACAGCAGAAAGCAGAGGAUCCAGAGCAACACUGCUGGCUGUCAGGAUAAUGGCCUCCUAAACCGAGCCGUGUCAUAAGUCUCUGUGAGCUCGUAUGGUGGUCUCCCUCUCUCUCUUUCUCUCGCUCACCCUGACCUGGGUUAACAGGACUAUCGUGGGGGGUUAAAAGCAGCCUGUUAGUGUUUUAUUACCUUUCACAUUCAUUACAUUGUUCUAUUCUCUACUAACACUCGCAAGUCAUCCGCAUAGCUGACUAAUCUGGGAAAGGUGAGCUGUGACCCCAUUCUGAGAGCAGCACCAGCCGUGAUUAGACAUAAACGCCUCCCUGAACAGAAAUUGGUGCAGAUUAUUUCUAUUGGUUACAGGCGGAGGCUCAGAGGUUAGUCUGUGAGAGAGAGGAGGCAGGCAGUAACUGUCUGCUCUGUUCUGUUCUGGAAUCAGAUCAAAGAGACCCAGAGAACAUGGCCUUCUUCCCCAACAUUCAGACAAAUGAGCCACAAACUGGGUUCACACGUAAAUAAACAACCUGAGAUAAACAAACAGGCACAUUCAUCUUUCUGUCCUUUCAUGAGUUAGUUUGCUCCGUAUCUCUGUCUCUCCCCUCUGAAGCCACGGAAGGAAGGUGCUGCUGGAACAUCUUGAUUUCCUGACCACCGGAUCAGCCAUGCGAGAGGCCAGAAAGGCAGAAUGGCUGAGAGCCCCUUUGAAAUGAGGAUUGGUCACCUAAUUAGAACCUAACCUGCCCCCCCCCCCCCCCCCCCAAACCACCAGCAGCCCCUUAGUGCCAGGAAACUGGGAAUAAUAAAAUGUGAGAUGACGAGCCCUCCCUCCCCCUGCUGUGUCUGUCUGAGGUGGUGCUGUAGCUGUUUCCCACAGACCCCUGUUCUGGUAGUGGAGACUAGAGACGGCAGGCCUGUAAACCCCGUUCACACGUUUCCCCAUCACCAACGCCAUCUCUGGUGCGUGUUUAUGAAGACUCAUCUUAAUGAAAUGGAUACAGAAGACUAAACAAAGGCACAUCAUUAUUUUGUAAUGUAGUAUAUUCAGGAAUGUAUUUAUAUAUAUGGAGGUAAACCUACCGAAGAAAAUGCAUCUAGGCCUAAGAUGCAUCACUUAGGAUUUGGUUUCAAAUGAGAAUGAAUCACAUUUUAAAACCCAGAUGUUAUUCAUUUGAUUUACUAGUCUCUAAAAGGCAUUGCUGUAACUGUACAGAGGAGAUUCUUUCACAGAACUGGCGGUUGAUUCUCCCUCCACCUCCACACCUGCAGGUGCUCUCCUCUCAGUGAUGAGUAGGACCUGGAGGGAACAGGAUAUGAUUAAUGGUCCUUGUAGUCUGUGUGAUUUAAAGUACUACUCCAGAGUGUAGAUCCGCUUCAAGCAACUAGAAGCAUAGGUCUCAGGUACCUCUCUGUGAAUACAGGAGAAUAUAGGCUAAUAGAUUUAUUAUCAUUGAAUAUUUAUUCUGCAAAUAAAUGAGAAACUGAUUAUUUGGCUGUUAAAAUUGUAACUCAAUGUUUUGGAUAGUGGCGAGAGGAAAUUUGUCCUAGUUGCAGAAGACAUUCAUUUGCCUGCUGGUUUCAUUGCAAAUGAAUAGUUCCUGAUCAUUAUUAGUUGCCCCUUGACCCCUUUCCCACCCUCCACAUCUACUUCAUAAGCAGGAAGUGUUAUAGACGGUGUGUGUGUGUUCGCAGCAUGUUGAUUACUCUUGACACAAGCGGAAGUGACAAGCUGGCUGUGAUAUCUACUGCUUUCGGGGGGAUGUGCCUCAUUAAGCUUUUCCUUGUUCCUCCCGGCGGCGAUAGGGCAGUGCAGUCAGGACAAGGGUCUGGGUCCAGGAACCAGAAAAGGCUUGAAUGUCUUAAUGAACCCAUGGUGGUCCAACAUUAAAGCCCCCUUCAUGUCGCCCCAGACGCUAACUUCAGAAGAGGCAUGGUGGUGGCAUCCAAUGGAGCAAUUAUCUCCCUAGACCUACUGCACAGUUCCUGUCAACCACUUUAUUAGUCCACACUAUACAUACCCCGGUCCCCGCACCACCCUAGUCAUUCUCAGUCUCUCUGCUCAUGCAUUGUCUCUUAGGUGUGUUCCCCACAUAUUUGGCAUUACCUAAACCAUGCCUUUUAUUUUGGUCAUGCAAAGAAGUGGAAACAUUGAAACCAUUGGAGUUAUUGUUAUUGAUGUGCCAAAUGUAAUAAAGCUAAAAGAGCUGUUCGAGCCCAAGACGUUAGUGAAGUAUAUUGGAAUUUCAAAUUCUUAAGAGGGAGAGAGAAGUCUGUGUCAAUCUCUGUCUGGAGCGUUAGGUUACUUUUGAUGGGGAACCCAUGGUUUUGCCCAAUGGCUGGCACCAUCCUCAUGACAACUCUUUAAUCUACCUGAAACUAUUGAGUCACAAUUAGCUAAAGUCUUUCCCUUCUGAAGUCAGCCCUGAGUGGGAUGUGACGAACAGACGCUUCUGGGAUGACUGUGAUCAAUAUAGACCUGACUGGCUGACUAUCUAAGAGCUGUCUUGAUAAGUCAGCGGUAGGUAGGUGGUAUUGGUGUCUAUUUGGUCAGGUAUGCCUGUGAUCUCUAUGGCCUGAGUAUGACGCCCUUGUUUUUCAAAUGUAACCUCAUAUUCAGGGUGGAGUAACUCACCCUCCUUUCAAGGGAGGGAAACUUCAGGCGGGGAUCUGAUGGCAUUAAGGUUUCAAAGUUCACCUGGUGUCUAGAAUAUUGUGAGCAGCAUGUCUCGCUUUUUGACAGUGUGCGAGUAGAUUUUUCUAGCCUAAUUGUCUGCUGUAGGUAUUUCAUGUGACACUGAGGUAGCGUGCGGUUACCUUUUAAUUCAAACCUUGGCCUGUCUCUGUGACUAAUUGUUACUGUGGAGUUCCAGAACGGGACAGCCAGGAAAAGCUCAUUCAUUCAGUCAGACGCAUAAACACAUGGCUGUGAGCAUGUCGGCUCUGUCUGACCAGCCGGUUGUUGUGUUGUUCACUACAGUACAGCAGGCUGCAUUUGUAAGUCAUUAUAGGGCUGAUGGUUAUCAGGAUUCCCUCUGCGCUCUGACAUUUUCCUCAUUAAGCAGUGCUGCUGUGCUCUGAAGCAAUGUGUAAGGAACAUGCCUAUCUAUACAGCACUUCAAAUGGAAUAAAGCUUUGUUUGUCUGACAGGGCAAUGGGUAGAGAAGCAAUAAUGUUUCAGUGUUUUGUCAUUGUCAUUUGACAUCAGUUCAACACAUGUGGGACUAAUUGAAAAACAUGUCUGUAAUGUGAUCUAAGCUGUGCUUACUGUGUGUGUGUUUAUUCCAGGUCUGACGGCUGUGGGCGGUCUGUCUCUCAUGGGGGUUGACUACACCCCCUCCUCCACUGCUGAGAUGCUGGCUGUCGCGGCUGCCUUCAUCUCCUCAGUCAACAUCACUGGUGUCACUACUCUCUGGAUUAAACAGUAACUGUGACAACAGAUAGUGAAUGGAGCAGACAAACGGAGCUCCUCUUACCUCAACAUUGUACCCCCUUUGGAGACCGUAUAUGAGAUCUUAGAAUACGUAAGAUAUGAGGAUAUCAGACCCCUUUAGGGCCAUUUAUUUAACUUGACUAUCUAUUAAGAAACUGCUUAUUGUUCCACUGUGCCCUCUUCCUCAGCCGUGACCGUUAGUUGGUCCAUGGACCCUGUUCGUGAGAGCAGACCUUCCUUAACUCCCUUUAGGUGAAAAAUAAGGAACUUCACACCUGAACUGGAAAUGACUGAGUGUUCUUCAAAAGGACCAUGGCCAUGCUAUAAACCAGGCUUAGUCUAGCUCUGCUGAGAAGAAAUGAGGGAAUGUCGUUAAUGGUAGUGUCGGAAAAGUCUUUGGUGCAUCGUUCUAGACAGCCGCUGAAUCACUCAUUCAAAGGCAAACGCUGCAGAGGUCCAGAGGUCCCAGUCUGUGCGAGGGCGCUCCGACAGGCCAGAACACUGAGCAGGGUCAAAGAUCAUGGCAGGGAUUUAAAGCCCUCUUACCGGGGCAUUCUGGCAGAUUUUAGCCAUUUGCUGUAAAAACCAGUUAUUAUGACUCUCAGAUCUCUUUGUGCAUGUGUUCCAGAGCGCUUAAAGUGCACCUCUUUAUAUAUAUAUUUAUUUUCUUUAAAGAGCAGGUGUUUAAUUUCAAUUGAAAGUCCCUAUUGGUUGCCAUUCCACAUGCAACAUUUCUUAGUGGUCUACCGCACCACCCAUAAACCCUCAGUAACAUAAAAACUGACAUUCCAACAGUUGUUUCCUAGCCCUUCUUCUACAAUUUUUAUAUUGUCAAGUGAUUACACAAAAAAAUUGCCCUCCAAUUUAGUUUCAAUAAACUAGCCCUGACAUGUAUAGAGUACCUGCUCCUUAUACAACGGGUCGAGGAAUAGUUUUUUUCUUCCUCUGGCUCUUGCCACAAAGCCUUUUGUAUUUCCAUGUGUUUUUAUAGUGGCAGCACGGAAAAAUCCUGUGCAUGCUUUUCUUCAAUACCCGCCCUUUGCAUUCUUGAAUCUGAAUGUAAUGACUCUGAGCCUCAAGUCUGAAAUUGUUUUUUUAUUGUUGGUAUGUUUAAGUAAUUGAGGUCUGGGCUGGGAUAAAAUUAGUCCGUACAGCUGAAGUGGACAGAUGUUAGCCACUGGAUAACCUGUCUGAGUGUGGCGGUGGAGUGGCGAUGUAGAGAAACCAGAGGUUUCUUUUGGAAUGGAACGUGAUCUGCCCCAGCAGAAUGAAGUGUUCCGUCUGGUCGUUAUAUCAGGGGAGAGAUUCCACCAAGAAAACCCCCAGCUACUACAUUCAUUGAGUUGGCCUUUAGGAACCUUUUGUGCGCACACUUUUAAUGUGUUACUCAAAUAUCAAAUAAGGGCGCUAUAAAUAAUAUUUGAAAUAUGACCGUCUUCACCCUGUUAUGCCUGAAGCAUUCCAACAAGAGUGUUUGUGCAGACCGUUGUCUACCAGGUUGAGUUUGACUGGUUUUGUUCUCUUUCUCUCAGGUGGUUUCCUGGUCACCAAAAAGAUGCUGGACAUGUUCAAGUGUCCCACUGACCCUCCAGAAUAA